AUGUUCUCUUUGUUGGAGUUAAACCUGAGGGUUGAUCUAGCUCCUCUUUUGAAGUUGGUUAAUUUGAUGCCUUCUAAUGCCCCACCUGUUAAAAUAGGGGUGAAAGGCGGAGAAAAAGGUGGUGGUUCUGGUGUUUCAAAAGGUGUUGAUACCGGUUCAUCAAAAGAUCAUUCUCAAGAAAAGGUUGUAGGGAAAGUUAUGAGUACACAACUUCCUACUUCGCUUCCAACUUCAAUGUUAACUACCUCAACUACCAUGACUUUGAAGCCUUUUACCAAAGGAAUUACUAUUGGUUCAUCUGCUAGUGGAUCAAGUUCGAAGCCACAUUCAUCAAGGAAAGAAAUGGAACGAAAAAGGAAGGGUAUCAACACUCAUCCAACUAAAGAAGAGAAGAAGAUUGCCUUGGAAAAGGAAAGGAAAUCAAAAGACAAUGGUCGAUUUAGAAUAUUCUAA